AUUUUAUAUGUAAUCGAUAUGUUUGGUGUAUUUCCGUUUGUAACACUUCCGGCUCUACUCGUUGAAUUGGGUUUUUUUGGUAUACCUUUGGUCAUUUCAGUCGUAGUCUUACAAAUAUAUACUUCAUUUUUAUUAAGCGAAUGUUGGACCAUGGCCCAGUCAUUGGAUUCGUCUAUAAGCAAUAAAAGCAGAUAUCCUUAUGCUGCUAUAGCUAAUUUGGCCUAUGGUCCCUAUGCUAGUUUUUUGGUUACCAUUCUCUUGAAUGUUAGCAUAUUUGCCAAUGGCAUACCAAAUAUCGUUAUGGCUUCUCAAAACUUGGAAUUAGUAGGAGAUCGCAUGAGUAAUGGACAAUUUAUAUUUUCUUUUUGCUAUUGGGCCAUUAUAGUGGGUAUAUUUCUAUGUCCUAUGGCCUGGUUAGGUAGUCCAAAAAAUAUGAGAGGUUUGGCUAUUUUCUCAGCUAUUGUAAUGAUUUUAAUAGUCAUUUUAUUGUGGUUUUGUUUAUUUACGGCUUCUCCGAUUGGCAGACCCUUUGAAGGCGUUAGUUUUGAUCUGCCGCCAUUUUUAACUAUUUUGAGUGGAUACAGCAUUUUAGCUUUUCAAUUUGAUAUCCAUCCCAUGUUGUUGACACUGCAAAUUGAUAUGCGCAAAAAAAAUAAAGUUGGAUGGGCUUCCUUUUGUGGUAUUGCCAGUAAGUAAAAACUAAAAACUAUUCAUAAAUGAUAUGAUAAAGUAGUUUGUGGUUUAUUGUAGGAAUUUUGUAUGGAAAAUGUGCGCAAUAAACAUAAAAUAGACAAUUAAUAUCUUUGUGAAUAUAGGGAUAAAUCUUUUGUUUGAACUUGUCCCAAAGUUAGUUUUCGAAACAUUUCUGAAGAACUGGAAAGUGCUAUAUCUGAAUCAAAAUUUUUGCAUCAUAUUGGGUUUUAGAGAUGUCGGGUCCCGUUUUAUCCAUAUUUAAAAUCCGCAAAGAUAUGUUUGUUUGGAAAAUCGGUUAUAAAAACCUCAAAU